GAGAGUUCGAUGUGUACACGAUGGAAACUGCCAUGCCCAAGAUAGACUGGGACGCUAUAGAGGCGCACUUAAAGGCCACUAAAGAGGAGGAAAGGCGGCGACGCAACGAUCGGGAGGAGAUCCGCAGGAAACUUGCUAUGGGGUUUGAUGAAGACCAAGUUGUUGACAAGCCUCAUCGUAAACCUUCACUGCACUCACGACUCCAGAGUGGAAUGAACCUUCAGAUCUGCUUUAUGAACGAGACGGCCAGCGACUGUGAGAGCCAGUGUUCUGAUACUGAGAGUACCCAAGACCGGGAUACUGACACUUCUUCUGGCAACAGUAAGGCCUCUACACCCCAGGCCCUAAGAACGUGUGCGUCUCGCUCCGAACCCGACGUGCGGGAGAAGGAGGUCGACUUCUUCGCCCGACAAGCACAGCUGCAGGCCGAGGCACGCAUGGCCCUCGCCCAGGCCAAGGAGAUGGCCAGGAUGCAGAUGGAGAUAGAGAAACAGAGUAAAAAGAAGAGCCCCAUUGCUGAUAUUGUUAGAGCCAGUUUUAACAAGAUCGGUGUCCCCUUCCCUGACAGCAAGAGAAGGAUCAGUAGACAGAUUCUGACAGAUAUGAACGUGGCCCAACUUCAGGUGAUAGUUAACGACCUCCACACGCAGAUUGAGAGUUUGAAUGAGGACCUGGUGACCUUUUUGAUGGAGAGAGACGACCUACAUAUGGAACAAGACUCUAUGUUGGUGGAUAUUGAGGACCUUACCAAACAUAUUGGUGCCAAGGAGAUGAGUCUACGAGGGUCAGUGGACAGUGCCAAGACAACACCAGCCUCUACGCCCCCAACCAGGAGUAAAUCAAGUUCUCUGAGGUUGAAAAAUAUGGUCAAGAAGUGAUAGAAGGCUCAACGCUAUGUGAUGGUACUCGCUGAAGGGUAAUUGUGGCUCAUAGAAGAUGGUAAUGGUUCAUAGAAGAUGGUAAUGGCUCACAGGAGAUGGUAAUGGCUCACAGGAGAUGGUAAUGGCUCAUAGAAGAUGGUAAUGGCUCACAGAAGAUGGUAAUGGCUCACAGAAGAUGGUAAUGGCUCACAGAAGAUGGUAAUGGCUCACAGAAGAUGG